AUGCCUAAAAUUUCAACUGUUAAAAAACUGCAGAAGCAAAAAGCUGUAAUAGCUUGUUUUGCAUUUGUUGACCUUGAUUCAAGUGAAGAGUAUAUUAAUUCCAGUAGUAAUUCAGAUGAAAGUUCAGAUAAUGGUUUUAUGAUAACCAAAAAAAAUAAAGCAUUUAGAGAAGUAGCAAAAAAAAGCUUAAAAAUUUCAAGUUUCUUUACUAAUAAUCAACUUUCAACUACCAAUUAUGAGGAGAAUGCUGAAGACUUUCAAGUUCAAGAGUAUCAG